GAAAGCGAUGUGAUAGGUCACACAGGUAGAGGAUCAUUAACACUAAUAUUACAGAAGAAAAAAUAAAUAAAUAACUAAAUAACACAUUUAUUGCACAUAGCAUCAUUUGUAUUGCAUAGCUGUUAAUAGUUUAUUAGGUAGCGGCAUCUGGAGACCUCGGUAUUUGCUUGUUGCAUUUUGCCUAAUUUAAAGUUUUGUUGGAAUUUUCAAAGACCAGCCGAAGUGUCAAAACGUAAACGGAACUUUCUUUCGCAAUGUAUAUCAUUUGUUUUGGUUUACAUCCGCGUGGUUAAACUAGUAUAUGUAACCUAUAAUACACAUUUACUAGACAACACUGUAUUUUUACAUGGUGUAAUAGUAAUACCUGUUUUUCUGAGACUAUUUGUUGAAAUUUGAUGAGGCAAAAUACCAUGACAAUACUAUGACAACCAAGUGUCAGUUAACAAAAUAGUUUUUUUUGUGUUACUUUUUCCCCAAAUCGUCUGCAGAGCUCCACUGUGUGUGUAGCUGCAUGUUUAGUGUACUUCACCACCUCGCAGGAUACUCAACUUUAUCAAGUGCUGUUUCUUCAAAACAGCCAAUGCCACAGUACAGUACUGUACACAAACAAACAAACAAGAGAAUAACAACUCCCGCAAGUAAAUAAACUGUUUAAACCAGAUCCUAGGAUGUUGUCUUUGUUGCACUGCCUUUUGCUGGGAUAUUUCUUCUGGAACCUGAGGACCUCGGACGCCCACGGAGAGUUCUGCCAUGGCUGGGUGGACAGUAAUGGGAAUUACCACGAAGGAUUUCAGUGUCCGGAGGAUUUCGACACUUUGGACGCUACUGUUUGCUGUGGCUCGUGCUCUCUCAGAUAUUGCUGUGCAGCCGCGGAUGCUAGACUGGACCAGGGCAGUUGCACAAAUGACAGGGAGCUGGAGAAUACAGAAUUUGCAGCACAACCAGUUUACGUGCCAUUCCUUGUCGUUGGAUCCAUCUUCAUUGCCUUCAUCAUUGUGGGCUCUCUGGUGGCCGUUUACUGCUGCACCUGUUUGAGACCAAAGCAAAGCACCCAGCAGCCAAUCAGAUUCUCCCUUCGAAGCUGCCAGACGGAAACUAUCCCUAUGAUUUUAACCACGACCAGUCUGAGGACUCCCUCCAGGCAGUCGAGCACAGCGACAAGCUCCAGCUCCACAGGAGGGUCCAUUCGCAGGUUCUCUAUCGGUAGAACCGAGCCGGGACACAGCUGCCUUGUGUCAGCUCCUCCACCCCCCUACACCUCACCAGGGAGCCUGCAGACUCCUCAUCCUCUCCACCUCGCUCAGCCCUCUGGGUUCCUGCUCCCGCAGCAGUAUUUCCCUUACCCCUUACAACCAGAACCAUUCACACCUGGAAAAAGCUUCACAGAUUUCAACCAGAGCUGACUGGGGCCUGAACAAUGACAACAAAAUGGAAGUCAAUUCUAGGCUUUUGAAUAUACUGCAGUAAACCUACUAAUGCUGUGUUUAGCAGUGGUUGAUCAUCACAGACUUUCGUUCCUUCUUUUGUAAAAACAGACCUGGCCCAGGUAUAGGCUCUGUCUUUGGAUGCUGGAUAAAGACGAUAACAUCCACUUGCUUCGAUACAUUCUUGGGGCCUUUCUACUUAGGAAACUAGUAACUAAAUAAUGAAUUGUAAAAAAAAAAACUAAAAAAAAAAACUAAAAA